GGUAAGAUGGCGGGCGACAGGCUGCCGGAGCCAGCGGAUGUGAAUGGCAAGCGGCUGGGUGCCGACGCUAUCGCAGCUGGCCGUGAGUGAGGCAGCCGUGUUCGCAGUUGGUCGCCUUGCUUGUCCGCUCGUGGUGCUGUCAACCAGCACUGGGGUCCCACCGCGCCAGGAGCCUGCGCCGAGUCUUUGUAGCGGCGGCCGGGCCGGAGGCUCCCCGUGGACAUGUACUUCCUGAGCGGAUGGCCCCGGAGGCUCCUGUGUCCGCUCAGGGGCUCAGAGAAGCCCUUUUACAUCCAGCCCGACUCUCGGAGACUGCUGUUCGCGCUCUUAUCGCAGAGCCAGAUCAGCCUGUGGUACGGCAGGCCCAGUGUUUUAAUUGUAAGCUACAAGGAAUCUGCAAAAGCAGCUUCACAGUUUGGAUCAUAUGAAAAGACAGAAUGGAAGUCCGAUAGCAGCAUGAUUGCUGUUGCGACUAAAAAUGGAUACAUCUUGCUCUUUGACAUUGUAUAUUCAGGACAAGAGAAAUACUUAUAUGAACCGGUGUAUCCCAAAGGAAACCCAAGAGUUAAGGUAUCAACUGGUUACAAGGAAGAACAAUGUGCUCCUUCCAUAACUGUAGAGAUGAAGAAGGUGCUAGAUUUCCAAGCACAAAUCACAAGUCUGCAGUCAAUGCAGGAUGAUUUAGUAAUCGCUACGAGUGAUGGGAUACUACAUCUUAUUCACUGGGAUGGUUUAACAAAUGGAAGAAAAGCCAUUAAUCUUCGUUCUGUUCCAUUUUCUGUGGACCUCCAGUCAUCACGAAGUCCUUCAUUAGAGUUUGAAUUUGUAUGUGUCCAGGAUAUGGAAUACUGUGCAACCCUCGAUGGUUUUGCUGUGGUUUUUGAUGAUGGUCGGAUUGGGUUCAUUGCUCCUGUGUCCAGUAGACUUGCAGCUGAGGAUUUUCAUGGUGUAUGGGCACAAGAAGUUACUGAUGGAACUUGUGUGGCUAUUAACAACAAGUACAAAUUGAUGGCAUUUGGCUGUGCAAAUGGUUCUGUUUUAGUUUACUCAAUGGAUACAACUACAGGAAGCAUGCAACUAUCCCACAAGUUCGAAUUAACUCCAAAACAUUAUCCUGAUAUUUGGAACAAAACGGGAGCUGUGAAAUUGGUCAAAUGGUCACCUGAUUGGAGUGUUGCUAUGGUUACAUGGGAGUGUGGAGGCUUAUCCUUGUGGAGUGUUUUUGGUGCUCAUCUAUUUUGCACAUUAGGUGGAGAUUUUGCGCAUUAUUCUGAUGGCACAAAGAAGGAUCCCAUUAAAAUCAGCUCUAUGAGCUGGGGUGCAGAAGGCUACCACCUUUGGGCAAUUUCCAGUGAUAACACUCAACAAGUAAAAAGUGACCUGGAAAAUAAAAGUGUGCAAGCAGAAAUUCUUCAAUUUCAAUUCAUCAAAAGCGCUCUAACGGUUAAUCCCUGCAUGAAUAACCAGGAACAAGUACUUCUGCAAGGGGAGGAUCGUCUUUAUUUGAAUUGUGGUGAUGCAUUGCAGAAUCAGAAUUCAAGUACCGCAUCAGCAAAUUCAGGGCACCAGCCAGUCAGGGAAAAGAAUCCUCUUUCAGAUGACAUUCUAAUUCCUCAGGAUUUAAGCACUUUAUUAGGACACAGGCAUUGGCAUAUUGUACAGAUCCACAGUACCUAUCUAGAGAGUAAUUGGCCUAUAAAGUUCACAGCAAUAGAUCGUCUGGGUCAGUGUGUUGCUGUGGCAGGCAAAUAUGGAAUUGCACACUACGCUUUGUUUACAAGAAAAUGGAAACUUUUUGGAAAUAUUACACAGGAACAAAAUAUGGCAGUGACUGGUGGUUUGGCAUGGUGGAAUGACUUCAUUGUUUUAGCCUGUUAUAAUUUGAUUGACCAACAAGAGGAGCUAAGACUUUAUCUCCGAUCAUCCAACUUGGACAAUGUUUUUGCUCACAUUACCAAAGUACAGGCAGAGACUUUAUUGAUAAAUGUCUUCAGGGACAUGGUGAUAUUGUUCAGGGCAGACUGCUCUAUCUGCUUAUACAGUAUUGAUCGGAAUGAUAAUGGCCCUAAUCCCACUGCCAGUGUUCAAAUUCUGCAAGAAGUAUCUAUGUCACGUUACAUCCCACAUCCUUCACUUGUGGUAUCAAUAACUUUGAGUUCUGUGAGAACAGAGACCGGCAUCACCUUGAAAAUGCCACAGCAGGCCUCUGCUGCAGAAAGCAUUAUGCUUAAUUUGGCAGGUCAGCUUAUCAUGCUACAGAGGGAUCGAUCUGGUCCUCAGGUACGAGAGAAGGAUAGUAUUUCUAAACAUAGGAAGCUGCUCCCAUUCUCUGCUCCCAUUGUGCUUGCACAAUGUGUUGAAAGUGUGUGGACAACCUGUCGAUCCAACAAACACAAGCGUCAUUUGCUCGAAGCUCUCUGGCUCAGUUGUGGAGAAGCAGGAAUGAAAGUUUGGCUUCCUCUUUUUCCUCGAGACAAUCGCAAACCACAUUCCUUCUUAUCCAGGCGGAUUAUGUUGCCAUUCCAGAUCAAUAUCUAUCCUUUGGCUGUUUUAUUUGAAGAUGCCCUUGUCCUUGGUGCAGUGAAUGAAACUGUGCUCUAUGAUAAUUUAUAUGUAUAUAGUAGUGAAAAAGAACCUUUGGAAGUCCUAUUCCCAUUUUGUACUGUUGAGAGGACUUCUCAAAUCUACCUCCAUCAUAUUCUUCGCCAGCUUCUCGUAAGGAACCUUGGUGAACAGGCCCUGCUGUUAGCUCAGUCCUGUGUCACAUUACCAUAUUUCCCUCAUGUACUGGAACUGAUGCUUCACGAAGUAUUGGAAGAAGAAGCUACCUCUCGGGAACCUAUUCCUGACCCACUGCUUCCAACUGUGGCAAAGUUCAUUACUGAAUUCCCUCUUUUCCUGCAGACAGUAGUUCAUUGUGCUAGAAAGACGGAAUAUGCCUUGUGGAAUUACCUAUUUGCUGCUGUGGGUAAUCCUAAAGAUUUGUUUGAGGAGUGUUUGCUGGCGCAGGAUUUGGACACUGCUGCAUCUUAUCUCAUCAUCCUACAGAACAUGGAAGUCCCUGCUGUUAGCAGACAGCAUGCAACACUGCUUUUCAACACAGCUCUAGAACAAGGAAAAUGGGAUCUUUGCCGUCACAUGAUCCGUUUCUUGAAAGCCAUUGGAGCAGGAGAACUAGAAACUCCUCCACCCACUCCUACCACUCAGGAACCCAGCUCAGCCGGUGGUUUUGAGUUCUUCAAACAUAGGAGUAUUAGUUUUUCACAGUCAACAGAAGGGCUCAGUACUGGUAAAUUUAACCUGCAGAAGACACUAAGCAUGCCUACAGGGCCUUCAGCCAAAAGGUGGAGCAAAGAUGUUGAUAGUGCUGAGAACAUGUACAUAGAUGAGAUGCUUUGGCGUCAUGCACGAAGACUCUUGGAAGAAAUGAGGUUAAAAGAUCUCUGCAGUUUUGCUGCACAGCUGGGUUUUGAGCUCAUUGGUUGGCUCUGCAAAGAAAGGACUCGAGCAGCACGAGUUGAGGACUUUGUAAAGGCUUUAAAAAGACUCCACAAGGACUUUGUUUGGCCAUUUCCUGUUAUUCCUUCCUGCUCAUUCCUAAACUCACCAUUCAAGAAUGGGAAAUACAAAACAGUUGGAGAUCAGUUUCUUAAGUCACAGUCAACUGAAACAUUUGCAAGCAGUGAGUUGGAGAGUGGAAUCAUAAACACCCGUGGCAGUCAUAUCUGCCUUGGUCUAAAUACUGCAGACAGAGAAAUGGAUUCUGGCUCACUGCAUGGACCACAGACACAGGAAGCAGUUCUCUCACCGAUGCUUUCUAAAGGUGAUGAAUGCAGUAUCGGAUCGGCUACUGAUCUCACUGAAACCAGUUCAAUGGUGGAUGGCGACUGGACUAUGGUAGAUGAGCAUUUUUCCACACUCAGCCUCACGCAGUCUGAGCUAGAGUACAUAUCAAUGGAGUUGGCCAAUAAAGGUCCUUGUAAGUCACAGGUUCAGCUAAGGUAUCUACUCCAUAUAUUUUUGGAAGCUGGCUGUUUGGAGUGGUGCAUAGUGACAGCACUCAUCCUCCGAGAUUCUACAGCGAUAGGUCAGAUAAUUAGUUCAAUCCAACACUCCGAGAUUUCCAAGGAAGUUUUGCAGGGUAUUAAAGAUGGGAUGCUUGCUGUGGAUGGAUGGGCUUCAUCAGACUGCCCUGGAUACAAGCCAUUUCUAAAUCGUAUAAAGCCUCAGUUGCAAAAAUUGAAUGAGGUCACAGAGGAGCAAAUUCAACCCGAAGCUUUUCAGCCUUCAAUUCGUCUGAGCAUAUCAAAGGCAGUGGAGCCCCCCAACCCAUGGUCAGAAGACAGCAGAACCUCUGUGAGCCAUGUGAACAAUAGCCAGAAUGAUAGUGGUAGUGGUAUCAGUGGGCAGGAAGAUGAUGACCAGGGAGAGGAGGAAGAUGUACCACUCAUGGAUGAAGGCAGUUAUGAGUGUAAUCUGUCAUGAAUAGCUAUUCUUUAGAUGGUUGAAUUCCAAACUUUGAGAAUGCAAAUGAAUCAUUGGUGCCUUCCUCUGUUAUGCACAUGUCUUGUAUAUUGAAGGAGAAUUCUCACACUAAUGUCCAAACUGAAUUUGGAACAAAAUGUCUGCCUUCAUUUCAUAAAAUCAAAAAAAUGACAUCUUGGUUAUUGAAAUAGAUUGCUGAUGUGGAACAUCUCUGGCAAAGUAACCAUUCUUUCCCUUCUGUGUGCCUGAGCAUCAUGUGACAUACAGGGUACCAGACAGUGUGGAAGAAAUGCAUGAAUUCUAGAUGCAAUUUUAUGAAAGUAACAUCUUUCUACAGCAACUAUUUCUGGAUUGGAACUUGACUCUGUAGCAACAGUGCCUGUUUUAAUACUGCCUUAGUUUGGUUAGGGUGGUGAGUCUUAUAAAGGUGUUCUUACUUCAGAAAUGUUUCAAAUUCUAUUAUUUUUGUUCUUCGGCAAGGGAGUGUAAUGAAAUAGUGCCAUACAAACUGAACAUUAUCCGCGUAAAGGACCAAGUUUCAGGCACUGAUUUAUUUUAGAUUUUAUUCAUUGCUACAUUGAAGUGUGAGUCCAUACUUGUCCUAGAAGUAUUCAUUUAUCACCAUAAAUUUAAUUUAAAAACUAUAUUCUUAAAAGGGAUUGUUCCGAGUACAUUUGAAAGGGGCUCCGGUUCUCUUCCAGGCACAUGACUCAAAAGUGGGAUGCUUGAUAUUUUUGAAGAGUAUUAUUGGCUGUGUAUUUAAUUUCAGGCAGGAAUCAUUACUAUGCCCUCUAGAUGUAAGUGUGUGCUUUGCUCAUUACUAUACCUCUGCUGGAAUAGAUAGAUGGUCUCAAAUUGGUAAUUAAAUUGAGCUUCUGACCAUAUUCUCCAUAGGUUAUUGCUUAGUUUAGCCCUAACUUUAAUUAUAUUGGUCCAACAACCAAUUAGUGAUCCACAAUGUCUCUUGCAUGCUUAUAGCCUUGGUGUUAUAACCAGUUGUACUCUACUUGACCUAUUACUUGAGCCAGGCAUGAUUCAGUACUCCAUUGGAACACUGGAGAUAACUAGGCAUUGGAAUUAGAAGGCUGAGCUCUCUUUACCCCACUGACAUCUAAAUUUAACUAGAUUAAUUACUCCUACCUAGAAUAUUGCGAAGUCUAAACCUCUAUUUUACAAAAUGUGGCAAUUUAAAAUUUCCCUUUCUAUCGGUGCAGAGUUGCCUGCUAGGUGUUAAGAUCUUGUACAAAUCAUGCUAUUUGGUUCCACAAUGACUGGAUAUUUCAAUGUCACAAAUCAAGUCAGAAAACCCUGUCACAAUUUUUGAAGGAAAAGACAUGUGCAUGAUAUGUGACUGAGGCUCUAAAUCAAACUUUUAAACCCGUGUUGGUGCUUAAGGAAUUGAUCUUGGCCCUCAAGUAUUUUAUACAGAACUUUUUCUAAAAUAAAGUGCAUUUCAGAUUUUGUUUAAGACGCCAUCAUUAACCCAACUGCUCAUACAGCUAUUUAUAUUGUACAGUGUUGCCGCAGGUGUUGCAUGAGCAUUUGGUACCCUGUUGUAAGAUCUGUGUGAGAUUUGUGCUGUAAAAUAAAUACCAUUGCUUUGAGAUGGCAGGAGCUGAAAAAGAUCAUUUAUGAAAAUUAUCAGAGGACUGUUUUAACAGGUUUGUGUUUAGAAAUGCCUUUAUUUAUUGCUUUCCCAAAAACUUAAGCUUUGUUCUAGAUGCAAAAAGUAUUUUUAUGUAAAUAAAAUAAAGCUGUGUAAUCAUGUUUUUUAUACUUGGUUAGAUUCUAGCAAGGUGUAAAAUAUGAACAGUAACAAUAGCUUUUAAUAAAGGCUGUCCUAAUUAAAGCUUGAUUAUUAUGUUAAUCCACUUUCAAGGGAGUAAAGUCACCCAUUAAUUUCCUACUCCAAAUAAAGUGCUGCUGUGUAUACUCUUAAAUAGUGGUACUAUCUACAUACCCAUUUCCUUGCAUCUGAAUGCGAAGGUAAAUGUAACUGAAGCAGUAUUAAGAGACUAAAAUAGCAUAUUUGUUACUGUGCAAUUUGAACAAAAGAAAUGCAAAUUGUUGCUUAUUUUAUACAAUGAGUAGUCUAUUUUUUUAGCCAAACCGAAUUGAAUUUUGAUGUGGACCAAAUUGGUAAUCUAGCCCUAAAUAGUAAUUAGUAUAUUAAUUAUCAAUGUUUAAGCUCAUAGGAUAAUAAAGGACAGAACAGAAUUCAUUAAAUGCAAUAUAUCCUUUAAAAGGGAUUUUAACAUUUUGUUGAAUGUUCAGAGGAAUGCAGAGGGAGUGAGUGAGUUGAGAUUGGAUUCAUGUUGCACAUGUACCAUACAAUCAGACUUAAGCUAAUAUAAAAAUGUAUUAUUUGAUUACUGGCCCCUGUACUUGGCUGGGCUAAAUUGAGGUCAGUUUCUUAACUAAGUUUGAAGUGUGCUUGGCUGUACAUCCACACAUGGCAAAGGUAAUUAUAUUUUAGACUGUUUUCCAAGCAGUUGGUUUUUUUAUGCAGUAAUAUCUUUCUAUUUAAUAUUUAAAUCUGCUUAAAGAUUCUUUUGUACUCUUCAGUUUGCUAACAUGACCUUGUAAAUAACUGACAUUAACCUGUUAAAACACCACACUGUAAAUCUACUUAAAACCCAUCAAGUGUUUCAAAACAAGCAGUAUUUUCAUCCAAUUCCCAAAUAUUUAAAACCUGGUUUGAAGUCUUUUUUUAAAAAAAAUAUUUUUUUAAAAAUCCCAGUAAGACCCCUUCCUGUAACUUUGUUGACAGCUGUGAAAUGGAGACAAGUCUCUAGGAACUAUUGAGCAUGGUCUGGUGGUGUUUAACAUAACCUCAAUAAUGUAGCAACAUGGGCAUAUAGUUAGAAUUCUCUUUGCAAGAUUGAUGGAAUGGCAGUUUUUAUCUGUUUUACUAACAAAUUUAUUUGUUUUUGUUUCCUGGCACAUGUACGAUUUUACAGCAAUAAACACUUUUGAUUACACAAGUUUGUUUUAGGCUGUUCCUGAAAAACAUGGCAUUGUGCUCUAAAUAUUAAUAGCAAAAUUUUACUUCACAGGAAUUGGUUCAAUCUUAAAAUAAAAUCAAUGAAAGCUUCCACUAAACAUUUAUCCCUCAACAAUCACUGCCACAAUGCAAAACAUGAAAUAAUCAAUGUACAGUCCCCAUCAGUAUUAUUAAACAAUUUAUUUUAAGUUAUUGACUGAAUGUAUUUCAACUAUAAAAAUUGAAGCAUGUAAAAAUACUGUUACUGUGAAAACAACUUUGCAGGAGUUAUGCCCAAAGGGCACCAUAUUCCAAAGCAAAAGCUCAAGGUGGUGCAUGUUCAGCAAGUGCCGCCUAGUGGUUAGAAGACAUUAUAGAAAAAUAAGGGGAAGUUUCUUUCUAGGUACUUUCCCUGAGUUUAACAAACUACUUUAACUAAAAUCCUUCCGCACUUUCUGGUAGCAUCUUUCCUAGAAGAUAACUGACCGAUUCAAUAAUUCCCUUACUUCUGUAAUCACUUAAAAGUUCAUAUACAAUGUAUCAUUUUACAGGUAUUCUGCCCUGUUAUUUGAUAAUUGUCCAAUGCCGUUUAAGAUUUUUUCCAAACUCAAGCUUAAGUAAAAUAUAUUUACUUAAAAUCAGCAACCCAAUUAAGUAAUCCAAGGAUUUGAUAAAAUGCCUCAAAUAGGUUUUGAGACAAACAGCCAAGAGACCAAAGCUGAUAUAAUUUUGGUAAAUGGAAGAAUGCUGGAUUAAAGGAACAAAUUAAUCUGGCUCCAAUACACAUCUAAAACUAGUAGUUACACUGUCUUCAGCAGCAAUAACCCCUCGAUAGUUCAGGCAACCAUGUGCUUAUAAUGGUCAUCUUAUCUUUAUCAAUAGUCCUGUCUGCACCCUGAUUUAUUUCCGCUCUCCCUACAAAACAAACCUGUGAAAUUAAUGGACAUUGACAUACUUGGUUAUGAACAAUGUCGUUAAAACUAGCUUCCAUUGCAAGACUGUCAGACCCAAGCUAAAACUGUGUUUGGAGAUGGUGGUUUGAAAACAUCUUACUCAUUCAUCCUUAACCUACUAAAUUAUGAACAAAAUAAAUGUCAUCACUUAUCAGUUAGUAAGACAUACUGUAGUUCUUCAUGUACUUCCAAACCCAACUUGAAACAACAGCAGGUAAGAAAUCUGCAUCUCAUUGCAAACAAAGGCUUUUUUCAUACCCAUUGUAACAAGAAUAUUUUAAAAUUGAACUACUACAUUCAUCACAGCAAUAUUUUUUAAAACUUUGAUAUACUUCA